UCGUGCGUCAUCCGCGCCUGGGACGUGAGCAAACCCUUGCUCUUCUGCCCUGCCAUGAACACCCUAAUGUGGGAGCACCCCAUCACAGCUCGGCAAGUGGGGCAGCUGAAAGAAUUUGGCUACAUAGAGAUCCCUUGCAUAGUGAAGAAACUGGUUUGUGGAGACGAAG